AACUGGAAUGUCCCUUUCCCAACCCGUUCCCAAAAGAAUGCUUGCGGCCUGAGUGAGGUGUGUCCGAGGUUGGCAACGCCGUUAGGUUGCGCCUUGCCGGUUUGUAAUGCCAACACCGUUCUCAGUCCAGCAGAGGAAGUUGCGAUGGGCCCGCGGCGCGGGCCGUGAAUGGGUAGGUACCUACUGUAAUGAAUCUUGGAACCUAGCCUCUAGCCGACAUCAUUUAUUCCAAUCUAUAUUUCAUUCCUCCUAUCUGGGUUCCUUUGAAUGCCACCAGAUACGAAUCCCAAAGGAAGGAACGGACUCCCUCACCCUCUCAUCUCGCAUCUUCUCCGCGAAGAUGACCUCUCCGACCACCCUGCCCCUCCCAUCCCUUCCUUCUCUGCCUUCGAUACCUUCCACUUCAUAUGGCCGGGCCUCGUCAUCGCAAUCACGCCUAACAAGCUACGGACCACGAUCUGUUUCUACUCCAUACCCCGCUAGUGGAAGUUGGCCUGUCCGCCGUCGGGGAACGGCUGGCACAAGCACGGUUUCCGGCAGAAAAUCCCGGGCUGCGUCCUCGAUUGGGGCCAGCGAGAACCAUCAAAUUGUCUGUGCCGUCAGCGAGGCCCGAGGUGUCACCCCUUCCGUGGGUGUUGCGUUUGUCAACAUCUCUACGGGCGAGGCAGUCCUCAGCCAAAUUUGCGACACCCAGUUUUAUAUCAAGGCCCUCCACAAGAUCUCCGUAUACGAGCCCACCUGCAUCCUCAUCGUCUCGACCUCUUGUCCACCCAAUCCCAAGUCCAGUCUUUAUUGCUCUAUCGAGGAGAAUUGCCCAAGCAUUCGCUUGAUCCCGCUCGACAGAAAGUAUUGGUCAGAGAGCGCGGGACUGGAAUACAUCCAGGGCCUUGCAUUCAGGGAGGAUGUCGAAGCUAUCAAGGUGGCCAUCGAUGGCAAUUUCUACGCCACUUGUGCCUUGUCCGCGGCAAUGCGAUAUCUGGAGUCUGAAUUCUCCAUCAGGUUUGCACCACACUCCUUGAGGAUCAAGUACCAGCCAUCGGAAGAGACCAUGAUGAUUGAUCUUUCUACGAUCGCCUCUCUGGAACUGAUCCAGAAUCUCCACAAUAUCAAAUCCAAGGACUGUCUCUUCGGACUCUUGAACCAGACUUUAACGCCCAUGGGAGCAAGGAUGCUCCGUAGCAACAUUCUCCAACCCUCGACACAACAACAGGGGGUGUUAGACCCGAGAUACGAUGCACUUGAAGAGCUCUCAUCGAAGGAAGACAUGUUCUACGAGAUCCGCAAAGCGUUACAAGGUUUCGAGGAUGUCGAGCGGCUUCUGACUCAGUUGAUCAUUCUCCCGACCCAGAUAUCACUUUACCAUACUGAGCAAGCCAUCAACAGCGUGUUGAUGGUAAAGAAAUUCCUGCUUUCCGUGGCCCCAAUUUUCGAGUCCUUGGGCCCUGCACGAUGCGAUCUCCUUGUCCGGAUCCGUGGCCUGUGCCUCCCCGAGAUAGUUAAUCCGAUUUUGGAUCUCAUAUCCAACACGAUCAACGAAGAUGUGACCUACGUGAAGACUCCCUUGGAGCUGCGGAACCAGAGAACAUACGCUGUGAAAGCGGGUGUCAAUGGCCUGCUCGAUGUGGCUCGCAAGACAUACAAGGAAGCUACUGGUGAUUUAUAUCAGCAUAUUAGAGAUCUCAAUGCUGGACUUGAACUGGCCUGUGACAUCAAAUUCGAUAACAAUCGACGUUACUGGCUCCGGUUCCACUCCACCGACUUUGAAUUCCGUCCGAUUCCAGACGUCCUGAUCAAUCGUGUGAGAAGGAAGGCUUACCUCGAAUGCCAAACUCUCUCGAUCGUCAAGCUGAACCAACGCAUCACGAACUCAACGGAGGAGGUGGUCAUGAUGAGUGACAAAGUGGUGCAGGAAUUACUAGACUCCAUUCGGACGCGGGCGCCGCAGAUGUUCAGAGUGUGCGAGGGUAUUGCGUUGCUUGACAUGCUCACCUCAUUUAGUCAUUCCAUCACCUCCCUGGAUUAUGUGCGGCCAACUCUUUCGGGGACCAUGGCAAUCAAAGCAGCUCGGCACCCGAUCCUCGAGAAGACACAAAAGUCUCCGUUCAUCCCCAAUGACUACUACGCCACGGAGCAGUACCGCUUCCAGAUCAUCACUGGCUGCAACAUGAGCGGAAAAAGCACGUAUAUUCGAACUGUUGCCCUACUGCAGGUCAUGGCACAAAUCGGAUGUUUUGUUCCUGCCCAAUAUGCUUCGUUCUCCGUCGUGCAUAAUUUGUUCUCUCGACUCUCAACAGACGACAGCAUCGAGGCCAACAUAUCGACCUUCUCCGUCGAGAUGCGGGAGAUGGCAUUCAUUUUGAGAAACGUCAGUGGCAGCAGCUUGGCUAUCAUUGACGAACUUGGGCGAGGCACAAGCACUCGGGAUGGCCUUGCUAUCGCAAUUGCGAUGGCGGAAGCUCUGGUGCAAAGCGGCUCACUUGUAUUCUUUGCAACCCAUUUCACCGAUUUGGCCAAGGUGUUGGCUGACCGCCCCGGCGUCCUCAAUCUUCACCUCGCAACGGAAACAAGCAAGACCGAAGACGACAUUCCAAAGAUGACGAUGUUAUACAAAGUGAGUUCCGGUCCAGUGCAAGAGGAGAAUUACGGCAUCAAACUGGCAGGUGCAAUCGGGUUUCCCCGGCGCUUUCUCGAAGUCGCUGAACGCGUGUCGGACGCGAUUCGCGACCAGGCGGAAGCCAAGAAGAGAGGCUCGCAGGCAAGAAAGUUAGCCUUCCGAAGACGACUGGUCUUGAACCUCCAUGAAACUCUCAAUCAGGCCCACGCAUCAGGCAUGAAUGACGGGGCACUCGCAACCUACUUGCAAAGGUUGCAGGCUGAGUUCAUCAGGCGUAUGGAGGAUAUUGAUAAGCUUGGGUUGGAAGACGAAGAGGAGGAUGGGAGGGCCGACGUCGAAAUGGAGGAGGAGAAUGGCCUCUAGUGGCCCUCGCUGCCAGUUUAUUUGGGUUUCUGGCGUGCUUCUUCUUUGACUAACAUCAUCUCGCUGUAAUUAGCUGAUUGCUCGAGGUGCUGUAAUGUACGUGAUGGUAAAUAAGAUGGUUCUUGUGGAGGCGUGUGCCAACCUCCUCUCGCAAACAUGUCCAUGCCUCUUAGGGGAGGGUACUGGAGAGGGCAGUGGGCCAUGUUGCGCUCAGUCCGGCCACAGUAAGUAGGUGUGUAUGUGCCAAGUCGGCCUUCUAAGCUACUCUAUUCGAGUCUUCUGCCAGCUGCUGGCGCUAUCGUCGAUAGACC